GGCCGGGCCGGGCUGGGCUGUGGCUCCGCUCCCCCCGCGGGGGCGCCCCCGCCGCCCCAUUUAACGGGACGCUCGGUCUGUCCCGGCCUGUCCCGUCUCUUCUCGACCAUGUCGCGCCUGUCGCUGCUGCUGGCCCUGGCUCUGGGCCUCGCCACCGCCGCCAAGUCCCCGUACCAGCAGGUCCUGCAGCACAGCCGGCUCCGCGGCCGGCAGCACGGCCCCAACGUGUGCGCAGUGCAGAAGUUGAUUGGCACCAACAGGAAAUACUUCACCAACUGCAAACAGUGGUACCAGAGGAAGAUCUGUGGGAAGUCAACAGUAAUCAGUUACGAGUGCUGUCCUGGAUAUGAAAAAGUUCCUGGAGAAAAAGGCUGCCCAGCUGCACUGCCACUCUCAAACAUCUAUGAAACCCUGGGAGUUGUUGGGUCUGCCACCACACAGCUCUACUCUGACCGGUCCAACCUCAGGCCAGAAAUUGAAGGACCUGGAAGUUUUACAAUUUUUGCUCCAAGUAAUGAAGCCUGGGCUUCCUUGUCUGCUGAAACUCUGGAUUCCCUGGUCAGUAACGUUAACAUUGAGCUGCUCAACGCCCUCCGCUUCCACAUGGUGAACAAACGUGUCCUCACGGAUGAUCUGAAACAUGGGACCACACUUAACUCCAUGUACCAGGACCUACCUAUCCAGAUUCACCACUAUCCCAAUGGGAUUGUGACAGUGAACUGUGCCAGGCUCUUGAAAGCUGACCACCAUGCCACCAAUGGGGUGGUUCAUGUCAUUGACAAAGUCAUUGCCACCACCACAAACAGCAUUCAGCACAUCAUCGAGACUGAGGAAAGCCUGGAAACCCUUCGGGCUGCUGUGGCUGCUUCUGACCUCAACAGCCUGCUGGAAAGUGAAGGGCAGUACACACUCCUGGCUCCAACCAACGAGGCCUUUGAGAAGAUCCCACGAGAAACACUGAACAGGAUCCUGGGGGACCCAGAAGCCCUGAGGGACCUGCUGAACCAUCACAUCCUGAAGUCAGCCAUGUGUGCUGAGGCCAUCAUUGCUGGCCUGACAAUGGAGACUCUGGAAGGGACCACCUUGGACGUGGGCUGCAGUGGGGAAGAGCUGACUCUCAAUGGGAAGCCCAUUAUUGCCAACAAGGAUGUUCUGGCUACCAAUGGAGUUGUGCAUUUUGUAAAUGAGCUGCUGAUCCCAGACUCAGCAAAGACCCUGUUUGAGUUGGCACAAGAAUCUGAAGUUUCCAAGUCUACAGACCUUUUCAGACAAGCUGGUCUCAGUUCUCAUCUAACUGGCAGUGAGCAAGUGACCCUCCUUGCUCCAGUGAACGAUGUCUUCAAAGAGGGACUCCCCAUUGUUGACAGCAACAUGAAGAACUUGCUUCUGAACCACAUAGUUAGAGACCAGCUCUCCUCAAAAUACCUUUACCAUGGGCAGAAGCUACAGACUCUGGGUGACAAGGAACUGAGAGUUUUUGUGUACCGCAACAACCUUUGCAUUGAAAAUGCCUGCAUUGCUGCCCAUGACAAGAGAGGAAGGUUUGGGACCCUCUUUAGCGUGGACAAAAUGCUGACUCCACCGUCUGGCUCAGUGAUGGAUGUUCUCAAAGCAGACCAUCGCUUCAGUACCUUGGUGGCUGCCAUCCAGUCUGCAGGUCUAACAGAGAACUUGAACAGACCAGGUACCCUGACAGUGUUUGCUCCAACAAACGAAGCUUUCCAAGCCAUGCCCCAAGGGGAACUGAACAAACUCAUGGGUAAUGCCAAGGAGCUUGCCAACAUCCUCAAGUUCCACGUGGCUGAUGAGAUCCUGGUGAGCGGGGCAGUCAGUGCCCUUGUCAGGCUGAAGUCCAUGCAGGGAGAUAAACUGGAAGUCAGCAUGAAAAACAAUGUAAUACAUAUCAACAAGGAGCCUGUUGCUGAAAGUGAUAUCAUGGCCACGAAUGGUGUAAUUUAUGCUGUGAACUCUGUCUUGCAGCCUCAGGCUUCAAGGCCACAAGAAAGAGGUGAUGAGCCUGCAGAUCCAGCAUUAGAAAUCUUCAAACAGGCAUCUGCGUUGUCCAAGGUUUCUCAGAGGAAUCCUCGACUAGCACCCGUCUACUCCCGGUUACUGGCGAGGAUGAAGGAGAACUCGGGUGGAUACUGAACUACAUCCUAAGCAACCACAGGCAGCCUCUCCAUCCCAUCCACUCCAGCUGACAGCUAACCAGAAGGACAGAAUUGUUGUUAAAAACCAAAUAUUACCCUUAAAUUUAUUUUUGUUUCUAAUCAAAUGGGUAAGAAAAAUUAAAAGCCAUAUAUAUAUAUAUAUGUAUAUAUUUUAAGACCGUUUUUAUUGGGUUUUGACCUUAAAGUUCCCACACCGAGGAUAGGGUUUGGGUUGGGGUUUUUUUGUUUGUUUUUUUAAUUAAGUUUGGGGUUUUUUUUCACAAAGUAGUCCCUAAUUUGCAAUUUUAACAUGCCCAGUUUGAGGCUUGAUACAUUCAUACAAGGUCAGGUGCUUAAUUUUGCCCUGGUUCAGGAGCUCAGAUUGAUUUUUAGACCUCACCUUGGUGCUCUCACUGGGGGAGACCCAAAGGGGCUGAAUAAAAGCCCCUUUUCCAGGCUCCCAGUGGUACCUACUGGCACUGCAAACUCCAGGCUCCCAAAGCAGGAAGCCAGGUACAAUCUCACUGUAACCCCCUCCAAACCAGUGCCAGAAUUGGGAAAUUUUGGCCAGAAUGACUUGGCAGGGAUUGUGCAUGUUCAGCUUUUUGUGAGCAAAUACAUGACCCGGGGCCAGAUGUGAGGCUGGGUGAACAGUGAUUGCUUUCACUGGGGAGGAAGUAAAUUUGUUGAAUUCAUUAAGCAUUACCCAGGCAAUUUUGUUUCCAUGUUUGGUUUUUUUGGUUGUUUUGUUUUUAAACAAGUGUGUGUUUCCUUCUUCUCCUGUUUUUUAAGUCUUCCAUGAAAUUUUGAAUUUAAGGCUUUUAACAAAAUCCUCUCCAUUGACAUUGAGAAAAAGGCAUAAUUAUAAGCUAUGGUUUGAAUUGGUUUGGGUUGGUUUUUUUUUUCUUUUUUUGUUGUUAAUGGGUUUUGUUUAUACCCAUGGGUUUUAACUAUGCUGCAUUUUGUUCACAAGAUUGAAAUGAGAGUUCUCCCUGGCUGAAGCCUCCCAG